AUGAGCUUUGGCACCCGCCCCGCUAGCAUCGAGGAUGACGAGGUUUUAGCAUCCUUCAACGUUUACGCCUCAUCGGCUCUUGUACAUCAGGCUCACAUUUUUCAGUACCCGCUGCGCCGUAGGCAGCGGCCGUACGAGGCGACAGAAGUCAAGCUGUUCAGCACCGGCGGACCGCUAGCUGACGAAAAUGAGGCCUCACGGGCACACGGAAAGGGUUCCCCGGUACUCCAAUCAGGCUCGCGCCUAACAAUGAAGUGCUCCCUAGACACAUUUGGCUCUCGCUCAUUCCGGCGAUUGCAGGAGUCCGCCUCAAAUAUGCCGAGUCAGAUGGAGCUUCAGCGUCACCACACCUUCCACUACACGCUGCAGUCGCAGCCCUUUUUGCCGCAGUCGAACUAUGUUGUGGGCUACAUCACACCCGAGGGAAUCCAUCUCACCCCGGUUUCGACAAUUCAGCAGUUCACCCCAGCACUGAGCAUUCCCGAGUCCUCCACCGGUGCCGUUCGUGUCAUGGAGGCGUUCUGCAGCCAGGCCAACUCCUCCGCCAUGUCGGGAUAUGCGGCAGCGGAUCGCAUCCAACGUGAACUGCGACGCCAACGCAGCCGUGUCUUGAACGAGGAAGCUGAAACUGCGCAAGAAAUACAGUUCUUCCGUGACGACUCUGUUGAGAGCGCGGCAAUGCGGUCUCGACUGCGCUCGUCCACUCUCGAGAAGAUCAUUGAUAGCCCAAGCAUGGCCUCGGAGCCAGCCGAAGUGGCAAACAGUCUUUUCCCUCCAGAAAUUCUUCAAUCUGGCGGCAUUUCCGGUGGCGACGAGGCGCACCCAUCGAUGAUCAUUCACCGCUUUGCAAACCGCAAAUCUGUCGCUGAGCAGACCAGUCAAGUGCUUCAGCGCUGCCACAUCCUCACGCUCCGGAUGCUUCAGAGCAUCGUGGUACCCUACACAUCGAACGAGGUGGUGAGGACAAUGGCAGCUGUACCGGAGGCGCAGCUGGUCGAGGCGUUGAAGUCGUGUGCUGUGUGGCUGCACGGUGUGUGGGUCAGUCGGUACUGUGAUCAGUUCCGUGGAUGUGUCGCGGCCCUGCGCGAGGUUAUUUUGGCUCGCUUCUACCAAAGUGAGGAUGGUAGCGUAGCGCGGUCGGACUUAAAUGCCCUAAUCACAACAUCCGAGGCGCGGCGCUCGAUCAAGGAGAUUCUCGCAACAGUGGCGGUGCUGAACACAGAAGAGCCCGAUCCAUCCAAGCGUCGCUGGCGGCUCAAGUGCGUCCCUGCCGAUCGCGCCGCCCGCGAGGCAAACCUCCGUGAUUUCAAAACGACUUUUGCGGCCGAGGAGGCCAGUCAACACGAAGCAUGGCGUCGGCGUUGCACACAAGUAAUGGCGCACAUCCCUUACAUCAACGCAGGCCGACCUGUGCCGCAACUGUGUCUACGUCCGCGCGGCACACCGCUUACAACGAGCAUGGCGGCAGGGGCAAUGUUCCCAUAUGGCGGUGCAAGCACACCACAGUCCUUCGCCUCUCAGACAAGUUCCAUGGCGAGUGGUCACCCUGGAAGCGGUGUGAACACAUCUGCUUCACCUUUUAGUUCCCCUGUCUCGGGUAUGGAGUUGAGUUUCAAGGACGCUGAUAUUGCACCCAUUCGGCAGUACAUCCGCGAGCUGUUUGCAGAGCACGGCGUCAUCAACAAACAGCGGGUGAAGGACCUCGUGAUCAAGACGCAGGAAGCGCGCUACCCUCACGCGACUAAGGCAAUGCUGAGCACGGCGCUGCAACAGUGCCUGGACAAGUUCACGGACGCUACGUGGAUCCUCAAGUCUGUCGGGGAACCCCUCGUGGAUUACUACCGGCCGGCCAUUCUCUAUGUGGUGCUGGAGCUGCGCCAAUUUGAGAUGGCGGCGCUCAUGAAGCGAUUGGAGGAGGUGGUGCGGGCGCGUGGAUUAACGUCUCCGCCGGAAUCUGCCGCACUGCGCGGUCGCGCCGGUAGUGUGUCUGACCCAUUGGAGGCUGUGGUGCAGCGCGUUGUGGCGGAGGUGGCGGAGUUCAAGGCGGGAGGUCGACUCUGGCACAUCAAAGGAGGUAACUUGAUGAACGAAUAA